CUCACGUGCAGCUUUGUUUACACAAAAGCUCCUCCCACACAGAAUAGAAACUCAUUGGUUGCCUCUGAAUGAGUUCUUAUAAAAGGAUUGUGUCGUCGUUUAUUAAACGUUGGUGUCGGACAAACAAAAUGCUGGCUGCGCAGGCGGAUCGUGUUAUGGCGUUGGGCGAAUGGGAGGAACGCUGGCAGGAGGACAAGAUCGGUUUCCAUCAGCCCAACAUACACCCGAUGCUGGAGAGCAACAUUGAGAAGGUUUUGGCAGGACGAAAAGAAGUUAGCUUCUUCUUUCCACUGUGUGGGAAAGCUUUAGAUAUGAAAUGGCUGUCUGACAUGGGACACUCAGUGGUCGGGGUGGAGAUAGCAGAAAAGGCCAUCAAGCAGUUCUUUGAGGAGAACAAUAUGACUUACAGUGAGGAGGAGGUUCCUGUCAUACCUGGAGCUAAGGUCUACAAGAGCUCAGAGGGGAACAUCUCCUUGUACCAGUGUGAUCUGUUCAACUUCUCCAGUUCGGUAGCAGGCCAGUUUGGAGGCAUCUGGGACCGAGGUUCGCUAGUGGCCAUCAACCCUGCAGACAGAGAGAAGUAUGCUGCUCUCAUCAUGUCUUUAAUGGCCAAGGAUUGUAGAUACCUCCUGGACACUGUGCUCUACAAUCCAGAACUAUACAAAGGCCCUCCGUUCAUGGUGCCUGAUGAGCAGGUACAAAGUCUAUUUGGAGCAAGCUGUGAUAUCGAGCUGUUGCACUCUGUUGAUGCUCUGACAGACAGACAGAAAGGCUGGGGGCUAGACUACCUCACUGAAAAGGUCCACCUCAUCUCACCCAAGACAAAAAAGUGGGAAAUGGCGGUGCAAGCACACAGAGUCAAGGCUGUGGGAGAAUGGGAGGAUCUGUGGACAGAGGGAAAGAUCAGCUUCCACCAGCCUGAUGUCCAUAAGAUGCUGGAGAGUCAUCUUGACAAGGUUGUCAACGGACGAAAUAAAGUGCGAUUCUUCUUCCCUCUGUGUGGAAAAGCAGUAGAUAUGAAGUGGUUGGCAGAUAUGGGUCAUUCAGUGGUUGGAGUGGACGUGGUUGAGACGGCUAUUAAGCAGUUCUUUGAAGAGCAAAGUCUGAGCUUCAGUGAAGAAGCGGUUCCAGCGGUCCCUGGUGCAAAGGUUUACAAGAGCGCAGAUGGGGGGAUAUCACUGUACCACUGUGACAUAUAUAAACUCUCCAGUUCCAUAUUGGGCCAGUUCGGAGGAAUCUGGGACAGAGGUUCCUUGGUGGCCAUCAACCCAGGAGACAGAAAAAAGUAUGCUUCCCUGAUGAUGUCACUAAUGGACACAGGCUGUCGUUACCUCCUGGACUCCUUUUUUUACAACCCAGACUUAUUCAAGGGCCCACCUUUCUUUGUCUCGGAUGAGGAGGUAGAGACACUAUUUGAAAAAUGUGAUGUGGAUUUGCUGCAGUCAUGCGAUGAACUCCCUCGCCUCGACUGGAGCUCAGGUGUAUUCAUAGAGAGAGUUCAUUUACUAACUCCAAAGGCCUAAUUAUUACAACCCAGACUUAUUCAAGGGCCCACCUUUCUUUGUCUCGGAUGAGGAGGUAGAGACACUAUUUGAAAAAUGUGAUGUGGAUUUGCUGCAGUCAUGCGAUGAACUCCCUCGCCUCGACUGGAGCUCAGGUGUAUUCAUAGAGAGAGUUCAUUUACUAACUCCAAAGGCCUAAUUAUUUACUUGUUGGUCCUACUGCAUAUUCUUUUUCCAAGAUGACAAUGACAAAACAUUGUGUGUUAGGUUGGUUACGCAUAUUGGUUUUGAUCGAUGUCUAAAUAAACAAUUGUUUGAAUAGC